CGGCCUGAGAGCGGGACCAUGGAUGAAAGGUUCAACAAGUGGCUGCUGACGCCGGUGCUCACUCUCCUCUUCGUGGUCAUCAUGUACCAGUACGUGUCCCCCUCCUGCACCAGCUCCUGCACCAACUUCGGGGAGCAGCCCCGCGCGGGGGAGGCCGGCCCGCCCGCAGUCCCGGGUCCCGCCCGCCGGGCUCAGGUGCCGCCCGAGGAGUGGGAGCGGCGGCCCCAGCUGCCCCCGCCGCCCCGGGGGCCCCCCGAGGGGCGUCGGGGGGCCGCGGCGCCAGAGGAGGAGGACGAGGAGCCCGGAGACCCCGGGGGGGAGGAGGAGGAGGAGGAGGAGGAAGACGAGCCGGACCCCGAGGCCCCGGAGAACGGCUCCCUGCCCCGGUUCGUACCGCGCUUCAACUUCACCCUGAAGGACCUGACCCGCUUUGUGGAUUUCAACAUCAAAGGGCGCGACGUGAUCGUGUUCCUCCACAUCCAGAAGACCGGGGGCACCACGUUCGGACGGCACCUGGUGAAGAACAUCCGGCUGGAGCAGCCUUGUAGCUGCAAAGCCGGCCAGAAGAAGUGCACCUGCCACCGGCCUGGCAAGAAGGAGACGUGGCUCUUCUCCCGCUUCUCCACCGGCUGGAGCUGCGGGCUGCACGCCGACUGGACGGAGCUCACUAACUGCGUGCCGGCCAUCAUGGAGAAGAAGGACUGUCCCCGCAACCACAGCCACACCAGGAAUUUCUAUUACAUCACAAUGUUACGGGAUCCAGUGUCACGUUACCUGAGCGAGUGGAAACACGUCCAGAGAGGGGCCACGUGGAAAACCUCUCUUCAUAUGUGUGAUGGAAGAAGCCCCACCCCAGAUGAGCUGCCUACCUGCUACCCUGGGGAUGACUGGUCUGGGGUCAGCUUGCGGGAGUUUAUGGAUUGCAGCUACAACCUGGCUAACAAUCGCCAGGUGCGCAUGCUGGCCGACCUCAGCCUGGUGGGCUGCUACAACUUGACUUUCAUGAACGAGAGUGAAAGAAACACCAUCCUACUGCAGAGUGCAAAGAACAACCUGAAGAACAUGGCCUUCUUUGGGCUCACUGAGUUCCAGAGGAAGACACAGUUUCUCUUUGAGAGAACAUUCAACCUCAAGUUCAUCUCCCCCUUCACACAGUUCAACAUCACGCGGGCUUCUAACGUGGAGAUCAAUGAGGGCGCCCGCCAACGCAUUGAGGAGCUAAACUUCCUGGACAUGCAGCUUUACGAGUAUGCAAAAGAUCUCUUCCAGCAGCGCUACCACCACACCAAGCAGCUAGAGCACCAGAGGGACCGCCAGAAGCGGCGGGAGGAGCGGAGGCUGCAACGGGAGCACAGGGACCACCAGUGGCCCAAAGAGGAUGGGGCUGCAGAGGGGACUGUCACCGAGGACUACAACAGCCAAGUGGUGAGAUGGUGACCCCCUGCCCUCUCCUCUCUCAGGAUGGGGAGGAUGAGCAGGCACAUUGACCUUCUGUUGAGUUACCUUGGAGAAGCUGGGCCAUGAGGACAUCUGGCUGUGUGUGCUUGAUUUGGACAUCUGCUUCCUUCUUUGUCUUCAUUUUUAUCCAGCUGGAGAUUAUCUGUCUUGUUCUUUUUUUCUUUUCUUGACAUUUUGCAAUUAGUGAUAUUAAGUAGGGUAGGAGUGCAUCCCAUAUAGACUGUUUUAGAAGGCCAAGGAGAGCCACACUGAAAAAGGAGACAGUUCCUGUGAUCUCCUUUGCAGGAGCAUAGAAUAGUUUGGGUACCAGGAACCCACCAGAGGCACACAUGAAAAGCCAAAUUAUGGCUUGGAUGUUCUGCUGAAACUGGUCUAUGUCAUACUGUCUCCCAUUAUGAGAAUAUCAGUCGGUAUAAAGAGAGAGAAAGAGAAAAACAUUUCAGCCCUUAGAUGAGGUCUUACACCAACCCCCACUUGGCUGUUAGCUGUCAUCUUUGAACUCUAUUUGAAUGUGACUUAAAUCACAAGUAACGUGUUUUGUUGUUGCAGUUGUUUUGAAACAAAAUUAUCAUAUUAUUGACCAUUGCUAGAGAGCCACAUCCUACAAAAUCCUGACACCACAACCUUAAGCCAUGCCUUUCCUUCCAUCUUUUAGGGACUGCGGAGUGGAUCCAGAAUAGAGGAGGUAGUAGCCCCUGAGAAAUCAACAUUGGUAGGAGCAUUUAAGAGAAAACUUGCUUAUUUGCUAAUGCCUAAAGGGAUCUCACUUUACCAACUGUACUUUCAAUUUGAGGAACAAAUGAUAAAUUAAGAGAAAAAAAUAUCAGGAAGAUCAAUAUACGCCUAACAUUUCUAAACUGGUCACAUAACCUUAGAUUUUAAAAGAAUAUUUCAGGGUUUAACCUUUUUGGAGAAGUUAUGUUUUUUAAUGGGGUACUACCAGUCUUAAAAUUUUGCCACCACAGAAAGAUGUUUUUAAAAGCUUGGCCCAAAGAACAGGAACUUAGCUAGCAUGUAUACAAAAUAUAUUUGAGGUUACUAAGUGAAUAAAAACUCUGAAUUAGGCCAGGAGACAUGAAACACCAUUCAUGGGAUGGUUAUCACAGGAGUUUAGACAGACUCUGCCUCCCAGCAUCUUGAAUAUCUGCAGCCUGAUCACUGUUUUCUUCCCACACAAUCUUUACCUGUUGUUAGACUGUGGCCACAGCCAGUAAAUCAGGCCAGAGUGUCUAAAACUGGACAAGAAAUGUGCUGCAGUGCCGAGUUCUUAUUUGCACCUUUUCCUAAUCCCAACUACAGUAACAAGAAGUUUAUAGAAUAAUAAGGGGAUAUGUAUGAAAGAAGGAAGAGAAAGCCUUUGUCUAGCAUUUAUUAGAAGGAUCAGAGUGAGUGGGAAGUUUUACAACGGAUUGAUCUGAUCAAUCCCGUCAAGGAGCUGAAGGCAAAAUGUGUGAAACCCCUAAAUCAGAUUGAAAAGCCUAUUUCAUUGAUAUCCAACAUGUUUGAUGUUUAAGCUAGCUUUCCCUAAGCCACUGGUCAGCCUCCAGAAUACUCUCUCUGGGGUUGUGAGUCAAUCAGCCCACAAGCAUUCAUGGAGUGCUUACGUGCACAGAGGGAAGCCCAGCAGCUCCACCAGACAGAGAGCUGGAGAUGCUUCUCCCACUGUGCGUGGCUUCAUCUGGGGUGCAAGGGAAGGCAUUAUCGGGUGGCUCCCUUGCUCCAGGAACUGAGGGAGACCCUUUUCAUACCUUAAAUAUAUUCUGCACGACGAAUGGAUAUUGUUAGUCUCCAUUUCAUAGAUGAGAAAAGUGAAGCCCACAGAAAAUAAGUAGCUCCUCCACGGGUUGUAAGCUAGGUCUAGCUGACUAAAAAGGUCAAGUUCUCUUUACUCCAUCACCAUAUCCAUAUGGAAUAAGGGCUUGUCCUACCUAAAGCUUCCUGCCAAUAAUGCAAGAAGCCAGCUGCAAUUUCCCAGAAGCAUUUGUCUCUAACCCAUGUGGGUAGCCCGACCAUGACAGCACCAUGCUAACAUUGACCCAAAGCCAUGCUGCCUUGGGUCAGUCCAGCCCCCUCCACAUCACUGAGGCAUCAAUGAGCUGACAGAUCACCGACUUUUUAGGCAGCUGUAUUUUUUAAGCCAUAUACAAGGGUGAGUUAAAAGGGGCCAAGUAAAUAUUGCUUGUUAGUUGGUAGAGAUUAGGCUCACAAAAUAUUUCUCCAUUUCCAAUGAUUUGUUCCUAAGGUAAGAAGGGAAGGAGGAUUGCAGCUGGGAUUAAUGAGCAGCUCUCUCUCUAGCUUCUCAUCUCAUUGUUAGGAUCUAAUUUUCUGCCUAGAAUAGCAGGACUGCGAAUUAUCCUUCUGCCUGCCUCUGUGACACACACACACACACACACACACACACACACACAAUCCAGUGUUUUGUCAUGUGGAAAAUCAAAACAAGUUAGAAAGCAUUCGGAUUGUUUCUUUUAAACUCACUUUAAAAUUUUGGCAAGGAAUUCAUGCAUAACUGAGACUUGGAGGCAGCCCCUGCUCACUUCACGCUGUUCCUUAGGCACCUCGGGAUUGGUAUCAAAGGCUUCCACUGCCUUCUGCUGAAGGCAUGAUGUAUGGGGCUCCACUUGAGACCAGGUAUCAGGAUGUUCAGAGGGAGCCUGCUCUUUAUGUUGGCCCCAGGCCAGUGCUGAGCAAAUUAAAAAGACCAACAUGGGCUUCCUCCCUCAUUUCAUUUCAUUCUAAAGCAGAAAACUUGUCAUACCCAUGGGGUCCUAUGCUGAUAGAAAUGGAGAGGUAGGGAUGCAGUUUAUUCUCCAAAAAUUGACUGCCCGCGUCUAUGCUGAGUGAUGCUCAGGGAAGUGAUGCCAGCAGAAUGCAUCUGGGCCUAAGGAUCCAUGGAAGUCAGGAGCAUUAAACCCCAAACCAAAUCAACUCCAGAUAUAUCAGUGUCAAAAGCCCAAGAAAAGA